GCCCUCCUGAUCUGCUUCGUCGCAAUCAUUCUACCGUUUCUCGCACGAUCAAUCCCAACUUCCGUUCGGGGCGCAUCCAAACCAGUCGUCACCGUCACGAAUCAAGCUCGAUCUCUCCAUAGUGUCGGGACCGAAAUGAAUACCGCAUCACACGAAGCGCAAUGGAAAGCUUCCCUCGAGGCACUUCCUCCUUACUCCCCAGGAGGCAAGAUUCCGGCGUUCUUCUUUGCACACGGAAGCCCUCUCCUCCUGUAUCCUAAGGGACUUCGUAACCCCAUGGCGGACGCUAUCAAGGUUGGCGCCCGAGACGGACCACACUACCAAUUCUUGAAGUAUUUCGGAAAGUCUCUCGUGCGCAAGUACUCGCCGAAGGCUAUUGUGGUCUUCUCAGCACACUGGGAGACCAGCAAGGCCAUCGAGGUCAUGGACAACGACUCAAACGAGUUGUAUUACGAUUACUACGGAUUUCCAGAUGAGAUGUACAAGAUCAAAUUUGAGUCAAAGGGCUCGUCUGACGUUGCGCAAAGGGUUGUUGAGCUUAUGAAUGCGAGUCAAAUUCCUGCAAAGACGCUCCCUAAUGCUCGCGGCCUCGACCACGGUGUCUUUGUACCCUUCAAGAUCAUGUUUGGCGAGUCCGCUCCUGUUCCUGUAGUGGAGGUGUCCAUCGAUUCAUCGCUCAGCCCCCAGCGCCACAUCAAGAUCGGACAGGCUAUUGAGAAGAUGAGAGACGAAGGAAUCUUGGUGCUUUCAGGGGGUUUGAGCAUUCACACGUUCAGUGACUUUACAGCGUGGGACCCUGAAAAGGCGAGAGCCGAGAUCAAGGCAUUUGAGAAGGCGAUUGUGGAUGCAGUGGAAGAGUCGACUACGACAACGGAAAGGAAUGAACGUCUCAAGAUGGUGACCAAGCUGCCGGGGUUCAGGAUGGCUCAUCCCAGAGAAGAGCACUUUAUUCCGUUAUACGUUGCUGCAGGUGCGGGUUCUGAAGGGAUUGCCAGUGUCAUCUGCAAGUUGCACGGAGCUCUUACUAUUGCUUUCGGAGCUUAGUGAGCAUUUGAAUAAGAUAUGGAUUUUCUUUAACCCG